AUGGCAGACCACUCAGCUCCCCCAGCAUGCAAAUACUUCAACCUCACUUACCCCCUCCCGUUCGUCGCCCACGUUGAGAUCAAUCGCCCGGACAAGAUGAACGCUUUCAAAGAAGAAAUGUGGCACGAACUCCCACCCCUCUUCACCCACCUCUCCACCUCCCCCUCCACCCGCGCCAUCAUCCUCUCCGGCGCCGGCCCCAAAGCCUUCACCACCGGCCUCGACGUCCAAGAAGCUUCCCAGAAUUCGAUCCUCGGCCCCAACCCUGACCAAUCGCGUCCGGUUCCCGACGGCGCGAGAACGGCAACGAGGCUGCGCAGGCACGUCGACGCGUUCCAGGCUUGUAUCUCCAGCAUCGAACGUUGCGAGAAACCGGUCGUAGCGGCGAUACAUGGCUGGUGUUUGGGGUUGGGCGUCGAUAUCAGCGUCUGCUGUGAUGUGAGGAUUUGCGCGCGGGAGACUCGGUUUGCGGUCAAAGAGGUGGAUAUUGGCCUGGCGGCGGAUAUAGGGACGUUGAGUCGGUUGCCGAAGGUCGUGCGGAGUGGGAGUUGGGUUAAGGAUGUUUGUCUUAGCGCGAGGGACUUUGGGGCUGAGGAGGCGGAGAAGGUGGGGUUUGUGAGUUGGGUGGGGAAGAAUGGCGGGAAGGAAGAGGUUGUGAAGGAGGCGUUGAGGUGGGCGGAAGUCGUGGUCGGCAAGAGUCCGGUGGCGGUGCAGGGGACGAAAGAAGUCUUGAAUUGGAGUUGGAAUAGAAGUGUGGAGGAUGGGUUGAGGUAUACGAGUGUUUGGAACUCGGCCAUGUUGCAGUCCGAGGAUACGAGAGAGGCUAUGAUGUCGGGGAUUACGAAGAGAAAGCCGAGGUUUGCGAAGUUGUGA